AUGGAUUACCUACUUUUAUAUGUGGUUGAUAUUAUUUUGACAACAUCUAGUGAUUCUCUGCUUCGCAGCAUCACAAAAUCAUUAUCUACUAAGUUCAACAUGACCGAUCUCAGUGCUUUACAUCAUGUUCUCGGUAUAGCAGUUCAACGACAUAAAAACGGCUUGUUCCUCUCUCAGUCGACCUAUGCUGCGGAUAUUUUGUCACGUGCUAACAUAACCACUUGUAACCCGGUUAGCACCACGGUCAAAGUUGGAUCAAAGCUAAGCGCCACUCCAGGAGCACCUUUUGUGGAUGGCUCACUAUAUCGCAGCUUAGCCGGUGCCUUACAAGAUCUCACUAUCACUCGACCAAACAUAUCUUAUGUCGUACAACAAAUUUGUCUUUUCAUGCAUUCCCCUCGCGAGCCUCACUUCCAGCUGCUUAAAAGGAUUCUUCGGUACACUAAAGGUACACUCUCUCAUGGGUUGCUAAUCACACCCUCUCAAUCUACUACGCUAACGGCCUACUCAGACGUGGAUUGGGGUGGGUGUCCGGACUCACGCCGGUCGACAUCAGGCUAUUGUGUCUACUUUGGCGAUAAUUUAAUCUCUUGGUCAUCUAAAUGCCAGGCAACCAUUUCACGAUCUAGUGCAGAAGCAGAAUAUCGAGGGGUUGCUAACACAGUCGCCGAAACAAGCUGGAUCCGUAAUCUAUUUCUUGAACUAAAAGUCCCGGUUAGGUAA